UCGCUGAAGCCAAUGCAUGAUAAGAAAGGCACGAAGAAGUUUAUGAUUUGUUCUGUUUUAGCAUCAUGAGAAUCACGCCUGCCACUCCUAGCUUCCUUCUAAUUCUGAUGACUAACAGAAAGAAUCCCACGGCGCCGCCAUAUCACUGAUUACAUUCCCUCUAUGAGUACAGUCAACACAUUCAAAGAAAUCAUGGAGUCGGAUAAAGAAUUCCCAACCGAACUGCAAUCCAUAACCUUCCAGAUCCUUAGCUCCAACGACACCGCACAUAUGGAAGCUAUCUUCUACAAUCUCUUCUCUCCCGAACCUAAACCCAAACCUCACUCCGAAGCACUCGCCUUCCUCCAAUGCUCCAAGAAAUACCACCCGGAUCUCCUCUUCAUCAAGCUCUUCUUCCUCCUCCGAUGCGGCGCCACCCCGCUCACGCGCGCCAACUCCGCACGCGCCCUCCACCUCCUCAGCACACCGGACAUCUGGCCCAAACUCAAGCCCGUCGCCCAGGCCAGCCUCAAGGCCCACUUCACAGCCUACCUCAAGGAAGAAACCUCCCUCCACGUCCUAAGGCUCGUUGCACCCGUCCUAGCCGAAACCCUUUCCAUUAUAUAUAAAGACCACCAACAACACUGGCCUGAGGUUCUUGACUUCUUAGUGUCGUUUACUGCCUCAAACGACGAUAAGUCCCGCGAAACGGCGCUCUUGGUUUUCGCCAAUUUGCGCAAAGACUGCCGUUUACGCGUUUCCGAUGCGCUCCGCGGGGCAGUUCCCGUGCUCCGCACCUCAUUUAUGGAAUCGCUGGGAUCAUCCAACGCUGACAUUCAGGUGGCGGCUUUCGGCGCCGUGGUGAGCCUCGUCCGUUUGUUCUCCGAUCCAUGCGUGUUCCACGAGCUCCUCCGCGCUAUGAUGGUGGCGGCUUUCGCUCUCCUGCAUGGCUCCGACGGGAGCUAUUUUCGGCGCGCUUUUGCGGAGAUGGUGAGGCUGGUGAUGGAGGAACCGGCCCCGCUGAAGCCUUACGCGAGCGACAUGGUACUGGACGUGCUCCAGAUCGUGGAAAGCGACGCAGGUUUGAGCAUCGUGACGCAGCAAGCUGCGUUCGAGCUGGUGAUGGCGAUGACGGAGGUGGAGGAUUAUGCGACGGUGCUGAAGAGCCAUAACCACCAGACUCUGGUCAGGGUUUUCAUGAUCCCGAUGAAGAUGCUGAUGUUCGUUGAGGACGAAGAUGAUAAAAAAGAGAAAGACGGGAGUGGUGUGUACAAAGUUGGAUUGAAGUGGUUGAAUCGGCUUUGCGUGACGGUUGGAGGGGACAUAGUUGUGAACAUUGGCUGUCAUAUUUUAAAGAUUUUCUUGGAUUCACAGCACUGGAAGAAGCGCCAUGCAGGGAUUGCUUUGCUCACUGUGCUUUCAAAAGAUUUCUCAGACGAAAUGGUGAUGAGAGAAAAUUUUCUAAUGGAAGUUGUAACAAAAUUUUUCAAGUCAUUCCAAGAUUGCCAUGAUCGAGUUCGGUUGGCAGCUUUUAGCUUUAUGCAGAUGCCUACAAACUUUGUCCAAGCGAUGCAUGUCCUCUAUCAUCAUAGGCUUAUGCAUGCCUUUGCCGCUGCACUUGACACUACCCAGAACUAUAAAGUCAAGGAACAAACAGCAUCGGCAAUGCUAUUUUUUCUAAAGACUACUCUUCCAGACAGCUUAACAUUGUACAAGAAUGCAGAUGUUAUAACAAACAAAUUUUUGUCAAUACUUAAGGGUAAAGAAGGUGCUAAGCUUAGAAGUAUUGCUCUGGUAACUCUCAACAUAAUUGCACAGCAGUGUCAUGAAUUAGCUCACAAGUAUUGUUCGAGUUAUCUUCCAAUCUUACUAGAAGAAUGUCAGGACAAUAAUUCUGAAAUCAAAGAGGAAGCAACACGUGGAAUUCGAAUAUGCGCAGAACUUGGAACACCUCAUUUAAAGCCUCUUGUCAAUAGGAUACUGUCAUAUCUCAGUAGUGUUUUGAUCAAAGAACCAAAUCAUUCAAUUUCGGAGAAUGCAAAAGUAUAUGAUAUAGCAGUUUCUGUUCUAGGAAGAAUUUGUGAGUUCCAUCGUGACACCAUUGAUGGCUCAAAGAUUGUUCCUGCCUGGUUAAGUUGCUUGCCACUUAAAAAUGAUUUGAUUGAGGCCAAACUGAUGCAUGAACAGCUUUGCUUAAUGGUUGCAAGACUAGAUAAGGAUCUUUCAGGAGCUGGUAACCAAAACCUUCUCAAGGUUCUCGUAGUGUUCCUUGAGGUUGUUGAUAACGGUGACAAACUAGCUUCACCUCAAACAAUAACGCAGAUGAACAAUUUGUUGAGACAGCUUGGACGGAAUAUUCCUCGUACGGCGAUUAAUACAGUUUUGUUUUCUUUAAAUGACCGGCAACGGGAACUGUUGUUGCCUUUCCUAGCGUCCUAGUAUGUAGUAAUUUAGUAUCUCAAUCAUUUUAGCUUUUCUGAUGGAAGGAAAGAAAAAAAAAAUGUAUAGUUGAUUGAAUUGAAUAGGGUCACUUGUUAAAUUCAUAGGACUCUAUCUUAUGUGACGCCCUCACGAAAGGGUUUCUGAACAAAAUUGUUGGUUUCAUGCUAAACAAAAUCAUAUUCUUCUCAUGUAAAACAAAAUCACUACCACUAUCAUCUUUGUCUCAAAUGUUUAUUUAACUAGUAAAUUAGUGAAAUACAUGCGAUUGCUACUAACAGGUAACGAACAAAACACAAUUUACUUUGAAGGAUAUCAGAGAAACAUACAACAUAAGUACAAAUCUAAUCCAGUAUCAAAACUGCAUAAUUUCCCCUCCUCCUUUGCAACUCCGACAUAACCAACCAGCAGUGACAACCACCAACUCUUAAAUCAAAAUCUUAAUAGAUAACAGAUCAAGAAAGGAUAACAGAAAGAGAUCAGCUCGUUAAAGAAGCAAUGGCCAGCCAACCCUCAAUAUGCAAGCUAUGUUAGAUUUUCUUCUAAGAAAUCUUUGCUUUUGUCUUCAUAUUCAGGUACUUGAAAGGUUAUAAUGCCCUUGACCAUGGCUGGUACUUCCCCUAGUAAGUUUGACAAAAAAGUGUUUUAUAAAACCUAUUUAUAUAGUGCAAAAGGAACACGUUCACAUGCUUUUCGAAAACAUAAUACUAACAUAGAUUACAUGUGAACUU